UCAUCUACGCUGUAGCCAGAGCCAUUACUCUCUUUCAAUUUCCACUCCAAAUCCCAGGUUGCACGGAACCGAUCUAGAGACAAGACAUGGCAGAAACCCCCCGUAUUGCCAUCCUCGGCGCAGGUAUAUUUGUCAAGACUCAGUACAUUCCAAGAUUGGCUGAGAUCUCCGAUCUAGUAAUCCUCAAAGCGAUAUGGAGCCGUUCUAAGGAAUCAGCUACUGUUGCCACUGAAGUUGCCAGAAAGAUUUUUCCAGAUGUUGAAUGUAAGUGGGGUGACGAAGGUCUAGACGAGAUUAUUCAUGAUAGUUCAAUUAUUGGGGUUGCAGUUGUUCUUGCUGGCCAAUCUCAGGUUGAUAUCUCAUUGAAGAUGUUGAAGGCAGGGAAGCAUGUUCUUCAAGAGAAACCGGCUGCUUCUUCCAUCAUUGAGGCAGUAUCUGCUUUGUCAUCUUAUAAUUCUAUAUGUGGUUCUUGUCCCGGAAAACCCAUCUGGGCUGUUGCAGAAAAUUAUCGGUUUGAACCUGCUUUGGUUGAGAGUAGGAAAUUAGUCACUGAGAUCGGAGACAUGAUGAAUGUCCAACUUAUUGUAGAAGGAUCGAUGAACAGUUCAAAUCCUUACUUCUCAAGUUCCUGGAGGCGUAAUUUCGCUGGAGGGUUUAUUCUAGAUAUGGGUGUACAUUUCAUAGCUGGACUGAGAAUGGUUGUUGGAUGCGAGAUUGAUUGGGUUUCUGCUUUGACUUCUCACUUGGAUUCGACGUUGCCUCCCCCAGACAACAUCUCCUCAUUAUUUCAACUGGAAAAUGGUUGUUCUGGUAUAUUUGUCAUGUUGGUAUCAUCAAAAGCACCUAAGAUCUUCUGGCGAAUUGUUGGAUUAAAAGGAACUAUCCAAAUUGAGCGAGGAACCAGAGAUAGCCAGCAUGGUUACUCGGUUUCAUUGUUUGGAUCCAAUGGGGAAAACAAGAGCCUGUUUUUUCCUUUUAGUGGAGUGACCGAAGAACUGAAAGCUUUUCUAAGUGAUAUCUCGCAGGCUAAUCUAAAGAAAGGAGCUUCUUAUGAAGCUGAACACCGCAGCUCUUACAUAGAAGGUGCUCGGGAUGUUGCUGUUCUUGAAGCUAUGCUAGAGUCCGGGAAUAGGCAAGGAGAGCGAGUACAAGUCAAAAGGUUCUGAUUCGAAUCAGUCAUUGUAACUUGGUUUUUUUUUGAUCGGCCAAAAAUUGCAUUGUUUUUGUGAAACUAGUCAAUAGGAUUCGAAUUGUUGUUUGCAAGACUCUGGAAUAUGUUGUAUGCUUGCUUGGGGAUAUUAGAAUUCAUCUUAUUAAUCAGAAAUUCAGAAUCUCAAACUCACAUGUAACAAUUACAUAUAUUGGAUAUGUUUGAUUUUCAAUUGAAAUUAGAGUUAGAAUUAUAAUUUGGUUCAACUUUACUUGUAUUGUUUGUUUAAUAACUAAAAACAAUGAAUUAUAUUAAUGAUUUUGUUAAUUUUUUGAUUGGGCUUUUUGUUGGA